GUCGCCAUGAUUUCUCUCGGUAAAAUAGCCACCGCCCUUGUGGCACUGGUUUCUGUGUCGAAUGCGCUGGAGAGGUUUCCGGAAUCUCCAAUCGAUCGUUAUGAGCGAACACAUGAGUCUCAAAUUGCACGUCGACAAAGCUCGGGUAUCCCCCUGACUACCCGAUACCCCGAGUACAACCUGUCUGUACCCAUCGACCACUACCACAAUGACACCAAGUACGAGCCUCACAGCAACGGAACUUUUCCUCUCAGGUACUGGUUCGAUGCGCAGUUCUACAAACCCGGUGGUCCUGUGAUUGUGCUCAGCGCCGGUGAGACCAGCGGCGUCGGCAGGCUGCCCUUUUUGCAAAAGGGUAUCGUCUACAUCAUGGCCAAGGCACUCGGUGGAGUAGGAGUUAUUCUCGAGCACCGAUACUACGGCACCAGCGUUCCAACUCCUGACUUGAGCACCGAGAAUCUCCGUUUCUUGACCACAGAGCAGGCCCUUGCAGACACGGCCUACUUUGCACAGAAUGUCAAGUUCAAGGGCCUGGAGGACUACGACCUCAGCCCUGCAGUCACCCCCUGGAUCGCAUACGGUGGUUCCUACGCCGGUGCUUUUGUCGCCUUCCUGCGCAAGGUAUACCCCGAGGUCUUUUGGGGAGCCAUCUCAUCGUCUGGCGUCCCCGAGGCCAUCUGGGACUACUGGAAGUACUUUGAGGCGGCCACAACCUACGGCCCAACCGAGUGCGUCGAGACGACGCAAAAGUUGACCCAUGUCAUCGACACCCUCCUCCUGGGCAAGGCAGGGAAUGACACCAUUUCACAAAAGGUCAAGGCCGCAUUUGGCCUCGAGUUCGUCAAGGAGAACCCGGACUUUGCCAGCGCCAUCAACGGCGGCAUCUACGGCCUGCAGAGCUACAACUGGGACCCGGCCACCAGCAGCAGCACCGACAGCUUCUUCCAGUACUGCCGCAACGUCUCGUCCGACGAAGUCAUCUACCCCGCCACGACGGACAAGCGGGACGCGGUCCGCGAGAUCAUCACCGAGGGCGGGUACGGAGACGAGCUGGACGUGCUCGAGACCCGCAUGCUCAACUACAUUGGCUACGUCAACCUGACGACCGUCUCGCGGUGCACGGCCCAAGACAAGUCGACCUGCUUUGACAGCUACAACUCUACCUCGUACCAGAGCGCCACCCUCAAGGACACGUGGCGGCUGUGGCAGUACCAGGUCUGCACCGAGUGGGGUUACCUGCAGACUGGAUCGGGGGUGCCCGAGGACCAGCUCCCGCUCAUCUCUCGCAUGAUCGACCUCGAGUACUGCACCAUCACCUGUAGAGAGGCCUUUAACCUGACGGGAGAGGCCGACGUUGCCAACAUCAACAAGUACGGUGGCUUUGACAUUAGCUACCCACGCCUGGCCUUUGUCGACGGCGAGUGGGAUCCUUGGAGGGCCGCCGGUGUCAAUGCCAUCGGGCAGACGGUGCGCAACUCUACGCUCGACCAGCCCGUGUUCUUGAUGCCCAAGGCAGUGCACCACUGGGACGAGAACGGAGUGUUCCCCAACGAGACGGUUCCGGGAUACUUUCCACCUCUGAGCGUAUCGGGAACGCAGAUGCAGAUGGUCAACUUUGUUGAGGUGUGGUUGGACGAAUGGAAAGAAAAGCUGUGAGGUUAUUGCACGCACUAAUUCAGGGGAUGUUUUUUGAUGAGGAGGGAGGGGGGACGAUGUGUGAACGCUCAUAGUUAAUAUUAAUAAUUAA